AUGGCAGCGGCAGUAGCAGAGGAGGCGGAGGUGACGGAGUCCACAGCCUUGACAGGCAGCAUGUCCGAAACGGGAACCAAGCUGGCGCUUGACGGCGUCGAAACGUUGGGGGCCACCGGGGCCGUGACGGCCACCUCCGCUGAUGCCCUGUCAUUGGAUUUGGAUUUGAAACUGGAUCUCCCCGCCACUGGCAACCUGGGGUUUAUGGGGGAGGAGGAGCUACCCUCCGCCGGAGACCUGCGGGCGCUGCUCCAUAGGGCCCAGUCGAUGGCUACCGCCCUGGCUGUACGGCACCCCCACGUGGCCAAUUUGGAGAAGCUGGCGCGAAGGAUUCGGAGCGAUCUGGAAUUCGUACAGCGCUGUUGCCCACCCAGCGGCGGGAAUAAUGGCGACGGUGACGGCGGCCGCGGCGGUGACGUUGUACGGCCGCUGGCUCUCACUCCCUGCCGCGUCCAGGGCAUCAUCAACAACCUGCGCGGUUUCAAGGGGGAGCUCCUCGCGGCGCAGACCGCUCCAGGGGUGGUGGGCGUGUUGCGGCGCUUCCAAGCGCGUGUUGUACUGCCGCCGGAGGCGGCGCCGCCGUCGUCGACGGCGGCGACACGGCCGGCCGACGGUCCCCAGGGCGGCGACCGUAGCGACGGCAUCGUGUGCGCCGUCGCGGCGGCAGUGGGUCAGAAGCGGCUCCUGGCGGACGUGGCAGGAGGGAGUCCAGGGGGCGGAGGGGGCAGAGGCGAGGGAAGGAGGGAGGAGGUGCUAGCGGCGGAAGGGCCCUCCGCCGCGGCGACGUCGGCAGCGGCGGAGACGGAGGAGGGGCACUGCUGGAUAGAGGUUAAGAACCAGGAGAUGUUUGGACUGGAGAGCGUGCACUGGACAGGUGCCGCCCGCCACGUGAAGGGUCUCCGUCGCCAGUUGGAGGAGCUGCUGGCGGUGGCGGCGGCCCCCCAACACGCCCGGAGGUGGCGGGCCCCCCGGGUGGUCCUGUUCUUCCCGUCAGGGGUGCACCGCAAUGUACGGCAGCAGUUGGAGGCCCGUGGGGCUUACGUGGCAGUUGGGCCCGACGUGACCACCAUGUGUGGUUUGGUUUCGGAGGUCAGCCACCAAGCAGGCAUCACAGACGGCGUCACUGACCCCGCCCUGGAGCAGUGGGCCCAACGUACCGUACAUUGGCGGGACUGCCUAGCUGCCGAGAAGUCCUCCCCCUUGAUGACGGAGCUGGCCCCCUGGCUGGCUCCAGGGAGGGAGUUGCUGGCGGCUGAGCUGGCGUGUAGGCAAUUCCAGGUGCUGGUGGACAUGUUCGCAGAGCGACUGGGGGUGGUGUUGGAGGCGGUUGUGCAUCGGCCGGUGUGGCUGACCGGGAAAUGA